AUGACUAAAAUUGACAAAAUUUUGAGAAAGGAUUUUGUUUAUCAAUUCAUCCUCUUACAAAACCCUCUCAUUCUCAUCUCAAUUAUCACGGUGACAUACUUACUCACAGCAGAUACCCUUAAUAUCAAGCAAUAUUGUAAUUUUUCCAAAGGAAAACAAAGUUCGAUAUUUUUUGGGAUCAUUACUAUUCCGAAUUCAGAUAGAAGACAGUACAUGUGGAAGUUUUGGAUCGAGAAACUACUUUCUACCACUCAGCACCAAGUUAAAUACAUAACCAAACCAAUAAUUGAUUUACCAGAACUUUCACUUUUACCUGACCACAAGUGGGAAAAAUAUGAGUUCAAUGUUGAUCGCGAUAGAGUUGUUAAAAGACUUACAGCAGCCGAAUAUUUUCUAAAAAACACGACUUUAGAUUGGUAUUGGACCUUGACUGAUGAUGUCUUUAUAGAUUUAAAUGAGCUUGAUGAUUUGACUAGUGAACUCGACAAAAAGUACGACACAAACAAAGACUACGUAAUGCAAGGCAACCUGUUAUUCGAAGAGAGUUUCUACCUCCAGGGAGGUGUUGGAUAUAUCAUGUCAAGAAAAGCCGUCCAACAUUUUCUUUCAAUCGGCUUUCAAUACCUUGAAAUGUGUAUAUGGAAUGAUGACAUGUACGGUUCGUAUAUAUAUGAGACUAUGAAUAUUCCUGAUGAUCAAAUUACAAAUCCAAGAUUAAUUGGUGAACCAGUUCACAAGAAUAAGCUUUUAUUAUUGAAAAUUUAUAGUAACCAUAAGAAAUUCCCUAUCUGUCCUAAGCAAACUCCAAAGUUUGGUGGAUAUAACGGAACAUAUCCAAUUAAAAUGAUAACAGCCGUUCAUCAUAAUGAUAUUAGAUAUAGCAGAAGGUUUUGGAUUCAACUGUUAAAAGCAAAAGAAGCCAAUCAUAAUAUUAGAUACUAUUUUGAAGAAAAACAUAUAACUAAUUUUUGUAUUGAGGAUUAA